AUGGAUCGAGUGCAGGCAUUCGGCAAGACCUUCAGUGCGAACUUCACGCCUUUCGCGCAGCGCACCCAGCAGCUUAUCAAGGAGCAACUGGGCCAGGCCGAAGACCGAACCCAGCUCCCCGAUGAGUACAUCGAGCUUGAGAAGCGCGUCGAUGCGCUCAAGCUGGUUCACCAGAAGCUGCUCUCCGUGACGACCUGCGCUGUGUCCUGUCCAUCACCCCCUCCAAGAAACUCUCCGCUGACAGGUGUGGGUCGUCCGAUCUGCGACAACAGCUCCCAAUACUCCAACGAGGCCUACGACUACCCACCCAACAUUCGCGAGUCCUUCAAUGACCUGGGCCGCACCAUCAACGAGAAGGUCACCCUCCUUUCGCAGGCUGGUUCCCCCGCCGAGGCCCAGGCCGCCCUGACCGCACCCCCGUCCGCGAAGCCGCAGCCCAAGACCUUCAACCACGCCAUCGCGCGCGCCUCGCUCGCCGGCUCCCAGACUCUGGCACAGAGCACUGAGGGCGAGGACCCGCUCGCUACUGCGCUGGAGAAGUAUGCUCUGGCCGAGGAGAAGGUCGGCGAGGCCCGGUUGGGCCAGGAUUCUCAGAUCCAGUCUCGUUUCCUCGCUGGCUGGAACACUACCCUUAACACCAACUUGAUGUUCGCUGCUAAGGCCCGCAAGAAUGUCGAGAAUGCCCGCCUGACGCUGGACUCUGUUAAGGCUUCUAAGAAGGCUGCUGCCUAUGGUGACCUGGACAACUUGAGCGAGGACGCCCGUCAGGAGAUCGAGCAGGCUGAGGAUGAGUUUGUUGGUCAAACUGAGGAGGCUGUUAGCGUGAUGAAGAACGUCCUUGAUACCCCCGAACCCCUUCGCAACCUGGCCGAUCUGAUCGCCGCCCAGCUGGAGUUCCACAAGAAGGCCUACGAAAUCCUCAGCGAGCUUGCCCCCCACUGUGGAUGCUCUGCAGGUUGA